CAACGACUCUGCAAAAGAACGUCGAUAGCGCAGACUGGAUCGUCGAUUUGCUUCCAGAAUGGCAACCAUACAUCUUCAUGGCCGAUGCAGCCGUCGACGAUGCUCCUGUGUUGUCAAGCCAGCAUGCAAGGAAGAUUCCCUUAGCUUUUAACAGGGGAAGAGAAGCAGCAUCGUAUCUUAGUUACAUCAUUACGCACUACUACUCUCUGCCGGAAUAUAUGGUUUUUGUGCAUGGAGACAGANUGUACGAUACUUUACCAUUGAUUCAAAAGCUCGACCUUGAUUACGUCGACCUAGAAGGCUUUGUCAAUCUACGAUGCAACUGGAAACAUUGCCCAGAGCCCUACAUUGUUCCUCAGCGCGACCACGAGGAUAGCAUCUGGGAAGCACAUGGAGAGUAUGCCAAAGCCUGGGAAUUCAUCUUUCCUAACGAGACACUUCCAGAGAAGGUGGCAGCACCAUGUUGUGCCCAGUUCGCCGUAAACCGUCGGACGAUACACCAAUGGCCGGUAGCACAGUACGAACGCAUCCGAGCUUGGAUAUGGUCAAGAGAAGGAGAUCUCGCAAGCAUGAAGUCGGGUAUCAUCUUGGAAUACAUGUGGCAUAUUCUGUUUGGAAAGCCAGCAUACUGGUGCGCGCCUGUCAAGGCAUGCUAUUGUGGGACCUGGAAUAUGUGUCACUUGGAUUGUGAUGAAGAGAAAGGGUGGUGUAACGGAAGGAUCUGGACAGCCAACCCACCAGCCAGUAUGCCGGUAUGUACAUCCAUGAUGUUGAGACAGGGAGAGUCACUGAAGUCGAGCAGAGCAACUGGCCGAAAGAAGGUCAAGNAUGGCAAGAUAUGGCCAAUCGAGGGCUGGGAGAAGGGUCUC